GAAACAUCAUCAUCACUCGCAUAUCUUCCUACCACUCCCACUCAUGCCAUUCAUUCAACAAAGAUUUGGUGGCGCCUUUAACCUGUCAUUUAGAAGAGGGUUUUGUAUCAACACCAGAAUACCCCAGUCCGUCCGACAGCGCCAGCGAUUAGCCAGCUAUUCGAACACAAGCUCGCAGCAGCGACACGCUCGAGUCGCCCCGCGGAUAUCCAUCCCUAGCACACAGCGUCAAGGAUUUUUCAAUACGCAGCAGCCCCGCAAGAUGGCGAGCGACGAAGACUACAUGGCCUUCCUUAACAAGGCGAACCAGGACGCAGAGGAGGGACAGGCGGCGGCUGCGUCGUCGGCCCAGAGCGGGGGACAGCGGGCGUUCAAGACGACGGACGAGGGGAGCGUACUGCCCAAGAGUAUUGCAGAUGUUUUGAAGGAUGCGUUUUAUGUGAGCGAGGCGGAUGAGCCGUUUAAGGGGGUGUCGUUGAAGUGGAAGGGCGAAGGGGGGCUUCCAGAUGAAGUCGAAUUCGCGAAACUGAUUCACCACUGGGACGCCGAGAACGCCCAAGUCGACAUUAUGGAUCCUGUCGACUGGGACUCGGAUGGACAAUACGCUAAUAUCAUCGAUGCUGUGAGUGAGGCGACUCGAGGAAACGACGUCAGGGUUUAUAGGGUUGCGAGGGAUCUAACAAGAGCGGAAUAUUGGGUCAUCUCACGAGACGAUAAAGAGGAUAGGAUUGUUGGAGUGAAGGCACUGGGGGUUGAGUCGUGAGAGGCUUGAAGGGAAGAUAGGUUAUGCUGCUGGAAGGAGAGGAGUGA